CCCCUGUCUGUCUGUCUGUCGCUUUCUCUAUCCCUCAGUUCUAAAAGUGUUGGGCGUAGUUUAAGGCAGAGAGAGUGCGCAGGAUUAAAGAUCGCCAUUGUUCCAACAUGAUGCUUAAUCAUAAUUUUUUGUUUCUAUCAGCUUUGUUUUGCAUUGCUGUAGCUGGCGUUUUAGGCCAAGCUCCUCCUACUCCAAGUAAUCCUCCCACAUCCACGCCGGCGCCUCCCACCCCACCAGCUUCAACACCUCCUCCUACCACUCAGCCACCUCCUUCGCCGACUGCUACUCCGCCUCCGGCAUCCACUCCUCCUCCCACUUCAUCACCACCUCCAGUGACAGCCUCUCCACCCCCGGUUUCAACUCCUCCGCCUAGCUCUCCUCCUCCAGCAACUCCCCCACCCGUUAGCUCUCCUCCUCCUGCCACCCCACCUCCCGCCACUCCUCCCCCGGCUUCUCCACCUCCCGCAACCCCACCACCUGCUUCUUCUCCUCCCGCCACUCCACCACCCGCCUCUCCGCCUCCCGCUACCCCUCCACCGGCAACUCCUCCUCCUGCAACCACACCACCUGCUCCUUUGGCUUCUCCACCAGCCACGGUUCCGGCUCCGGCACCUAGCAAACAGAAAGCGAAGUCUCCAGCGCUAUCACCCUUGGGCUCGAGCCCACCAUCUCCAUCAACCGAGGCCCCUGCUCCUAGCCUGGGCGCUUCUUCACCAGGCCCAUCUGGAACUGAUGUGAGUGGCGUAGAGAAAAUGUGGACAGUAGGAGGCUGGGUGGUGGCUGGAUGGGCUGUUCUGAGUCUGAUGCUUUAAACGAAAGGGCUCUUACCAAUUCGCAUGUAUUUGGUUUUCAGUUUCAGUGGUUUAUUUACAUUUCCAUGAUAUUAUUGGGUGAAGUCUCUUUGAAGAGGCCUUUUACUACGCGUAUUUGACGAUGGGGUUGUAUUUU